GCUAUUUAUAGGGGUCCUCGUGAUGUAAACAAGUGUCCUCCCAAAAAAACGGUGGUGAGCUACACAAUGGUGACAUGAUAAGGAAAAAAAGAAAAGAAAAAUGAAAAUUCCAAAAAGAAAAUUAUUCCUUCUAAUUAUUUUUGCCUAUGUGGCAUUUUCACUCUAUGCGGCAUACAGUGUCUUCUUCAGCACUAAAGUCAUUUCCCGUGUCCACAGGGUGGUGAAGAAAGAGUCAGGAGCACCCUCGGGUGUUGUCAGAGAUGGCGGUGCUGUUGCUCCAUUUGUUGCAGAUGAGUGGAAUCCGUGGGAGGAUGAAGAGGUGGAGUACAACUCUGCUCUGAGCAAAAAGAGAGAGGCCUUUAAACAGCACCUUAGUCGAAUUGAUAAGAACAAACCCCAAAGAUUCAAAGUCCAAGUGUGGGGGAAAGCUGCCAUUGGACUUUACCUUUGGGAACAUAUUUUAGAAGGACCACUCAACCCUACUGACAAGGUGGCCCAAUGGAGAGAGGGGGAGCUGCAGUCAGGAAAAAUUGAUUUCAGUUUCUACACAGGUCCUGCUGUUGUCCAGGGCCAUGUUCCUCUGGAUAUGAACAGCCUGGUUCUGGUUCUGAAUGGCCGUGAACAGCAAAAGGUUUCUUACUCCACACGAUGGUUGGAACAUGUCCAAGCUCUGGUUCAGUCCCACACUGUGAUGCAUGUGGCUGUGGUCCUGCUCGGCAAUGAGCACUGCAACAACGCCUGGAUCGGUCCUUACCUAAAGAGAAAUGGUGGCUUUGUGGAGCUGCUGUUUCUCGUCUACGACAGCCCCUGGAUCAAUGACAAAGAUGUCUUCCAGUGGCCCCUCGGCGUCGCAACAUACAGGCAGUUUCCUAUGAUCAGGCCUAAUGCCCAACUGAUUACCUCCAACAGACCAUACCUCUGCAAUUUCCUUGGAACAGUGUACAAAAAUUCCUCCAGAGAAACACUCAUGCAAGUGCUAACACAUUCAGGCCUGGAUAAGGACUGCAUCACCAACGCUAGAGAGAAGUGGCUUCCUCAGGAGACAACAGACAGUUUGAGGCGCUAUCAGACUGCUCUGGCCCAGAGUGAGCUCACUCUCUGCCCUGUUGGGAUCAACACAGAGUGCUACCGCAUCUAUGAAGCCUGCUCUUACGGCUCAGUGCCUGUGGUGGAAGACGUAUUGACACCUGGCACGUGUGCAGCAGGACCCAGCUCCCCACUGCGUCUCCUCAAAGCUGCAGGAGCGCCAUUCAUCUUCAUCACUGAUUGGAAAGAGCUGCCGGCCAUCUUGGAGAGGGAGCGAGCACUGAGCCACGAGCAGAGAGUGGACAGGAGGAGGAGGCUCUUGGAGUGGUACGCCAGUUUCCGUCAGCAGAUGAAAGAGAGGUUCACUGAGGUCAUCGAGGAGACUUUCUUCAAAAACGGCUGACUGUGAUGCUUAACCAACAAACCUCACAAAGAUGAACAGGGGGAACACUAAACAGUUAUUUAAUUUCUUUAUUGUGGAAAAUGUGAUGUACUUCUGGAAUAGUGGACCUGGUGAUGUUCAGUGUAAUUCCCGUGCAGGGUAUUAUAAAGCUGUUGUGUUUGUUGUAAUGUUUUAAACUUUUAUUGAAAAAAAAAAUAAAAGUUUAAAAGUCUUGUAAUGGCCUUAAAUCCAUUACUAUAUAUUUAUUAUUUUAAAUGUUUACUUUGUGAACGUUCUGGGCAUUUUGAAUCAUGAGUAACAAGCUGCCUUUGCUCUUUAUAUUAGUGUUUUAUAUCUCUCUGUUUGUAUGGAUUUAAUAUUGUGAUUUGUUUUUCUUUUUGAAAGACUACAAACUAGGUGUAUUCUGAGAUGAUAAUGUGUUUUUAGAUCUUGUUUUGAAAUGGUACAUAGAUCUAUUUUGUAUUGUGAGCAGCUAGAGUGGAUGUUGUUUGUGUGGCAUGGGUCACCUUUCUGGUGAGAGCAGCAAAAAUGACAUUUUCGUUUUAUUUAUCUCAGUCAUGUGCUGCAUGUUUUUAGACAGUGCAAUAAAUUAAAAUGGAGAGUUGUUCUGUAGUCAGUGGGUGUGAUGUCCUGUGCUUUCAUUCACCCUGAAGAUGGCGCUGUGGACCAAUUAGUUUUCAAUACCAAGUAUUACUUUUAACUCCAGGACUCUGAAUGAAGGAGAAAAGCUUACAAACGUUUAAAUGUAUUAAGCUAACACAGAUUAAAUAAAACAAAGCAGAAACAAUAA